UUUCUUUCCAUUAGGAUUGGGAGAAAGAGGCGGAGGAGAUGCCUAUAAAGGCGCCGCGGAGAGAGCGUAGUAUUCUCCUCCUCGGGCGGCAGAGAACGCUGAAGCACAGAGGAAUUGCCCUCACCAGUAGUGAGCCCAUAGCAGCAGCAGCAGGAGGAGGAGGCGGACGCAUGACGGUGAAGGAGGAGCCCUUCCACUUCCACUAUGGCUGCGGCGACAACGGACUCCAACGAUCGCCAACUGAGAAGCCCGCCUUCACCCUUGGGCAGAUCAAAAAGGCGAUUCCCCCUCACUGCUUCGAGCGCUCCAUCCUUCGCUCCUUCUCUUACCUCGUCCACGACCUGCUGUUCGCGGUCCUCUUCCUUUACUUCGCCGUCGCCGUCAUGCCGAAGCUCCCGUCCGGCCUCGCCCUCGCCGCCUGGCCCCUCUACUGGGUCCUCCAAGGCUGCAUCCUCAUCGGGGUUUGGGUCAUCGCUCACGAGUGCGGCCACCACGCCUUCUCCGACUACUCCAUCCUCGACGACGUAGUCGGUCUCGUCCUCCACUCAUCCCUCCUCGUCCCCUACUUCUCCUGGAAGUACAGCCACCGGCGCCACCACUCCAACACCGGCUCCAUUGAGCGCGACGAGGUCUUCGUCCCGAAGCCCAAGUCCGCCCUCUCGUGGUUCACCAAGUACCUCAACAACCUCCCCGGCCGCGUCCUCACCCUGGCUAUCACCCUUUCCCUCGGCUGGCCGCUGUACCUUGCCUUCAACGUCUCCGGUCGUGCCUACCCUCGCUUCGCCUGCCACUUCGACCCCUACGGGCCCAUCUACUCGGACCGCGAGCGGGGCCAGAUCUUCAUCUCCGAUGCCGGCAUCGUGGCGGCCUCCUUCGUCCUCUACCGCGUCGCCGCCAGCUACGGUUUCUGGUGGCUGGUCCGGGUGUACGGCGUGCCGCUCCUGAUCGUGAACGCCUGGCUGGUCAUCAUCACCUACCUGCAGCACACGCACCCGUCGCUGCCCCACUACGACUCGAGCGAGUGGGACUGGCUCCGGGGUGCGCUGGCGACGGUGGACAGGGACUACGGGGUACUCAACAAGGUGUUCCACAACAUCACGGACACCCACGUCGCCCACCAUCUCUUCUCCACCAUGCCACACUACCACGCCAUGGAGGCGACCAAGGUCAUCAAGCCGCUUCUGGGCGAGUACUACCAGUCCGACGACACGCCGCUUUUGAAGGCCAUGUGGAGGGAGGUGCGGGAGUGCAUAUACGUGGAGCCGGACGAGGAUAGUAAGCAGAAGGGCGUGCUGUGGUAUCGGAACGAGUUCUAAGUCGACGGCUCUGCUCGGGAGAAGAUGGCUACGUUGUCGUGUUUACCUUUGCUUCCUCCUUAGUCGCUAAUUUAGCGAUUGAUAUGGAAUUUCCAUGUAUCUUUCCAAGUGAUACGCCUAAUUUAUGAGCGUAUCACUGCAGCCGGCAUUGCCUAUGUUCGAAGCGUGUACGAAAAUGGUUUGCAUUCA